AUGUCUGGUGGUUCGAAGACGACCACAGUCCUGGCCUUUACUGGAAGUGGAGUCCGGAAAGAGGCUGGCAGCGGUGGCGAGAAUCAGAUUCUCGGCAACAAUGUGGACGACUGCUCGCAAAAGUCUCGCAAGGGCUGGCUGGCUCGAAUGGUGGUGCUGCUUCAUAAAUAUAAGAACAACGACUUCGCUGGCUUGGAGGCCGACAUGAAGUGGUACCAAGAGCACCAUGCUGUUAUUCCUGCGAUGAAGCACCUGGAGCACCUCGUCCAGAAGCAUGGGAAGGAUGUCGCCUAUGGAUAUUACAGCUGA